UCAGGACUUACUUUUGAUCUCCUUCCGUUUCAAGAUUCAUUGGAGUACUCUAUAUUGCCUCCGUAACAAACUGUUCACUAAGAAUUUUUGACGAGCAUUAUUUUAGGGCAUAUCUUCUGGUGUGAAUACUUUGGGUCUUACAGUGUAGAUGCAACUUGCACUGUGAAACCAAUGUCACUGCAAUUCCGCGAACCGUUCAAAAAGCAUUAUCGUAACAGUUAAAGUGAUUCUUUAUACGUUAGCACGCCCUGGGUGAGAGCUUUGGAAGCAAGUGCAGUGCUUCAUUGAAUUCUGAUAUUAUUUCAAUAAAUAGUGUCGCAUUAUCAAAAAUGACACUCAAGACUUCAACCUGAUGCGAUUUCGCUGCGGCGUGUUUCAGCCCUCCACUAGACAACCUACAGCCGGGCCCUGCCCAAGUUCGUCGCUCCAUCGACUAACUGCCGCCGUCUUCGUGGGUCGGUGCUCUUCUUCGCCGCAAUGCUGACUCGGCGACGAGCGAAGUUGAUGAGGCUGGCUGCGGAACAGGAACCGCCCCCAGAGGUCAUUGAGCUGGAACCCGCGACCCAGAUAAAUGAUCUGAGCGACCCGUCCCUUGAAUUGGUGUUCUCCUUCUUGGAUGUAAACAGCCUUAUAACAGCAUCGCAGGUGUGCUCGCGGUGGCGAGACCUCUGCAGUUCCCGGGGGGUGUGGCGCUGCCGGUCGGUGCCGUACGAGUUCGACUACGACAGCGAUGCCCACGACUACCGGGUGAUCAAACUGCUCCGGCGCGAGCACGGCGUGGUCCGCUACACCAAGCUGUCCAUUGCCACCUCCAGCUACAUCUCCCGCGUCCAAUUCUUGGACAACGGUGAAAAGCUGUCGGUUUGGACCGGGUCGUCGCUGAUGGUCCUGCUCUGCCUGCGACACCUCCUAAAAGACGGGGUCACGUCCCUGCAUCUCAAUGAAAGUCGCCACUCGGUUUCCAAGGUGGAGGCUCUGGUUCUUUGGGAAACGAUCGCCAACAAGAAGUCCAUCUGUUCCUUGCAAAUCACUUUGAAGAGAAACAGCAACUUGCUGGGGACCACGUUCGUCUGGCCACAGGGAAGUCUCACGCACGAAGUCAUGCUGUCAUGUGACGAAGCGAUGUCGGGACAACUGUGCCGUCCGAUCAGUUCUUUGCUGCGAGUGAACCGCGACCGCAUCACCAAACUCCAAAUCGGACCAGAGGACCAACAGGCGUUGCUGGACUGCAAGCCAACGCGUUUGCGAAAUCUGAAGGCGGUCCUGUUGCCCAGCUUGCUGCAAGUCUUGCAGCCCAUGGGUUGCCUCACGUACCUGUUCCUGCAUUCGCAGAAGCGGAACGAAGCGAGGUCUCGCUACGUUCUCAGGAUUCUGCUUGCCAUGCCCAAUUUGCGGCGAUCCCUGAGGCGCAUCGACAUCACGGUAUCACCAGACUUCGUGGACGUGGUCGAGAGCGAGUCCUUCCUGGGCCUCGUGGCCGCGUUCGGCGCCUCCUUGCUGUGGGUCCACGUGCGCGGCCUGUGCGCCGCCCUGGCCGACCCGGGCCGCGGACCCGGCGCGCUCAAGGACCUGCUGACGCCGCUGAGCUGCGUCAGGACGCUGCAGCUGGACGUGGAGCCCAGCGCCUUCCCGCUGCACGCCCUGCUCCCCAGGACGGUGGACGGUUGCAGCGCCGAGCCCGUCGCGCGGCUGCCGGCCUCGCUGCACAUCCUGAUGCUGGGCGACCCCAAGAAGUCGGAGCUCCUCUGCGACCCUCGUUGGCUGCAGCUGCUGCGCCGCGUCAUGGACGACUACCCGGAGCUCCACGUCAUCGUGCUGGGAAGGUGCUUGGAAACGCAGGGCAGCGGCCGUCUCGCCGGGAAGGUGCGCCUCAAGGACACGCUCGUAGUGCCGCACCCUUGCGACCACUACUGCCAGGAUUGUCAAAACACAGCCGCCAAGAAGAAAGGAUACGGAAAAGUGUACAUCCGGGACUUGUGCUAGGGAAAGUGUUGAAACGCUGUAUUAGUUCCACUCACGUGAAUCCGCGUGACAUACGGAUUCGUGUUCGGUAUCUGCGCUCUUCAGAACAUCGCUCAUGCCUUAAUGCAAGCUAUACGCAUUAUGGAUUCGUAAACAGACCGAAAGUAACGCAGACUUUUGCGUUUCAUUCCUCACGACUGAUUAAAUAUUUUGUAACAUGAUUUGUAGGUUUUCUCAGUAACUAGAAAUGUUUCAUGUCUAACUGGUGAUUGACAACAGAUUAUCUUUUGUAAAUGUAGUAUUUAUUUGUUAUUAAAUGUAUUAUGGUUCAUUUAA